AUGGGCUUUGGACCACAGACUCUCCCUUGUCUGGUCUUCCUCCUAUGUGUUUGGAGUCAAGUGACAGGGCUCCAGGGCCAUGAGCUCCGAUUUGGACCCUGCCAAGUGAAGGGGGUGGUUCUCUCAGAACUGUGGAAGGCCUUCUGGGCUGUGAAGAACACUGUGCAAGCUCAGGAUAACAUCACAAGUAUCCGGCUGUUGAAGCCAGAAGUUCUGCCGAACAUCUCGGAUGCUGAGAGCUGUUUUGUGGCCCAUGCCCUGCUCAAGUUCUACUUAAACGUGGUUUUCAAAAACUACUACAACAAAAGAGUUGAAUUCAAGAUCUUGAAGUCACUCUCCACUCUGGCCAACAACUUCAUUCUCAUCAUAUCAAAACUGCAACCUAGUCAGGAAAAUGAGAUGUUUUCCAUUAAAGAGAGUGCGCAUAGGCGGUUUCUGCUAUUCCAGAGAGCAUUCAAACAGCUGGACAUAGAAGCAGCUCUGGCCAAAGCCUUUGGGGAAGUGGACAUUCUCUUGACCUGGAUGGAGAAAUUCUACCACCAGCUCUGA